UGAUGUUUACACUUGCCUGAACUAAAAAACUAAGAAAAACUACAAAAGCGGAUUUUUACGAAUAAAACGGAAUUUUCUACAUGUUUUAGCGUGAAAAGUGUUAAUCAUCAACGAUCACGGUCACAUAAUGGCUACCGCAGAAUGGGACAGUUUACGAAAACAGGCGCGGCACUUGGAGAACGAUAUCGAUAUGAAGCUAAUCGCGUUCAACAAGGUCGGAGUUGGUGCUGCUAGUGGAGGAAGCUCGGCUGCGGCCGGCUCCACGGACACGUCGCCGCUCCUGGGAGAUCAUGUUUUUGAAACCCUGUCCAUAGAGAUUGAACAGAUGCUGGACAAGCUAUCAAACAUUAACGAGAAAAUGGCAGAACUUCCGGCCAGCGGCACGGCAGUUAUGCAUGUACUGCAAAGGCACCGGGAGAUAUUGCAUGGAUACCGACAGGAGUAUCUGAAGAUUCAAGCCAAUCAUACGACACGCAUCGAACGGGAAGAGCUCUUGCGAGGCUCUGGUUUGGGGAAUUCGGCCAUAGGCUCUCCUUCUACGUCCGGGCUCAGUCGAAGGGACAUGUACCUGAAGGAGAACACACAUCUCCACAACUCGAGCUCCUUGGUGAAUGACCAGAUUAGUAUAGCGAUGGAGACGAAGGAACAUUUGUCUUCGCAACGACAGCAUUUGAAGCGCUUCCAAACGCGAAUGCACGAUAUAUCCAACAGAUUCCCUAUGAUAUCUAGUUUGAUUCAACGCAUCAAUAUUAGGAAGCGGAGAGAAUCGCUCAUCCUUGGUGCAGUAAUAGCAGUUUGUACGAUUCUAUUGUUGUUAUACGCAUUUAAUUGACUAGAUGGAAGCAUAUCCGUUACGAGCAAGGAAUUGGAAUAACAGGCUAACAGAAGCGGUUUGCUUGUAAAGCAUAUGCAUUCGUUUUUUUUUAAUUUCUAACUGAAAAUCGAAUGAACAACGAUACGGUUCAAGAAAAACAAUAAUAUCUGUACAGACUAUUAGCAAAGGUAAAUAAAUUAUGUGAUAUAAUAUUCCAUA